AUGCCCCUAACCGUCCUCACCGAUGCAGAUGUGAGGGAGUUGUUGUACACCCUCACCAAGGAGGAUGUCGACGAACUCCAAUCCAACCUCGCCGAGGCCCUCCAUUCAUACUCGACGGGCGACACCAAUUCCCCCUGUUGCGCGUCUUUCCAGCCACAACGGACAAUCAUUAAGAAGAAUGGCGUCACGACCCUGUUCAUGCCAGCAUCCACAGGAACCUCUGUCGGGAUGAAGAUCGUGUCGCUUGAGCAACCGGACGUACCCCUCCAAAGCAAGUCUUCAGUCUCGUCGGCCAAAUCUGACAGCCAUUCUGGAACCCCCACAGGCAGCAUGUCAUCCUCGACCUCGGUCAAGUCUGCGACGAAUGAUCUCAAUUCCAUGACCCUGACUCCGUCAUCCACCAUGUCAUCUGGAAGGGAUUCGAUCGAUGGCGCUUCAUUCCAAGCUCCUGCAUCGGUCGCCAGCUCUCGAAGUACCACGCCCAAGGGAUCUGUUACCCUACUCGACUCCGCGGGAAAUCCCAUGGGUAUCGUCAACGCCGAAGAACUCACGGCGUUCAGAACGGCGUUGGCGUCGACGUUGAUGCUUAAGAAGCGAGAGAACGUCCACACCGUGACGGUCUUUGGGGCAGGAAAGCAAGCAUACUGGCACAUCAGACUGGCCCUGAUCCUAAAGGGCGACCAAAUCCGGCAUGUCAACAUCAUCAACCGCAGCUUCGAGAGGUCGAUUAAAUUAAUGAAAGCAUUUCAAGUGACGGCAGAUUUCAACGACCAAUGGCGCAAAGACAUCAAAUUCUCGGCCAUGAGUCCGGAAUUUGGCGAAUAUGGCCGGUUACUGAAGGAGGAGGUGCGGAAAGCAGAUGUCAUCUUCUGCUGCACGCCGUCGGUCGAGCCUCUUUUUCCGGCCGAGUUCCUGACAUCGCGCGAAGGACGGAGGAAAGGCAGGUAUAUCGUGGCCAUCGGCUCCUACGCGCCACACAUGUGCGAGAUUCAUCCCGACGUCUUGAAAGUGGCGGUGGAGCCUCACGAAGGGCACCGUCAUCACCACCGGCAUGCGAGGCAGGGCGGGGUGAUUAUUGUCGACAGCCUUGAAUCGUGCUUGAAAGAGGCCGGCGAGAUCGUCAAGGCCAAGUUGAAACCCGAGCAUCUGGUGGAGAUCGGCGAGCUCAUGAUGAUCAAGAAGGCCGCGACAAGAGAGAUUGAGCUGGGAGGCCCGGGCGAGCAAGGACUCCUCGACUGGCUGACCAAGGGCAAUGUCAUCUACAAGAGCGUCGGCAUGGGACUGUUAGAUCUAGUGGUUGCGGGCGAUCUCAUACGGAUGGGCAAGGGGAAAGACGUUGGCGUGACCAUUGAGGACUUCUAG